AUGAAGCUCUCCUCAACCGCAGUGCCUCUGGUCACCAGCCAGGCGGCCUACGCUGCCUCUGCCAUCGACUACAACGCGGCUCCUCCAAACCUUUCAACGCUGGCCAAUGGCUCUCUAUAUGACACAUGGAGACCCCGGGCUCAUGUUCUUCCGCCUCUUGGGAAGAUUGGCGACCCGUGUGCUCAUUACUCCGAUCCGGAGACUGGUCUAUUCCAUGUUGGCUGGCUGUACAAUGGCACUGGCAUCUCAGGCGCCACCACCGAUGAUCUGGUCAGAUAUCACGAUAUUAACCCCAAUGGAAGCCAAUUUAUCACACCGGGAGGGAAGAACGACCCUAUAGCGGUGUUUGAUGGUUCCAUAAUUGAGAAGGGUAUUGACGGCAAGCCUACCCUCCUCUAUACCUCAGUCACAUCCCUGCCCAUCCAUUGGUCAAUUCCGUACAACCCAGGAGCCGAGACCCAGUCCUUAGCCGUCUCCACUGACGGCGGUCGCAACUUUACCAAGCUCGAUCGACCACCAGUCAUUCCUCUUCCUCCAUCGGACCUCAAUGUGACCGCGUUCCGCGAUCCGUACGCCUUCCAAAGCCCAGAGUUAGACGCCGCUUCCAAAAGUGCCCCCGGCACCUGGUACGCAGCCAUUUCUGGUGGCGUACAUGAAGAGGGUCCCGGUCAGUUCCUCUACCGUCAGGAUCAGAAAGAGCUGAACCUGGAGGACUGGGAAUAUCUCGGUCAGUGGUGGCAUGAGAAGGUUAACACGACCUGGGGUAACGGGGACUGGGCUGGAGGCUGGGGCUUCAACUUUGAAGUUGGCAAUACCUUUGGUCUGAAUGACGAGGGAUACAGUCUGAAUGGUGAGAUGUUCAUGACCUUGGGUACUGAGGGGUCUGGCACCCCGAUCGUGCCCCAGCUGUCAUCCAUUCAUGAUAUGCUCUGGGUUGCUGGUAAUGUGUCUAACAACGGUAACGUUACUUUCACACCUUCCAUGGCUGGCGUUCUCGACUGGGGUGCUUCCGGCUAUGCCGCCGCUGGCAAGAUCCUUCCCGCAACGUCCAAGGCGUCCAUCAAGAGUGGCGCUCCUGAUCGCUUCAUCUCAUUCGUCUGGCUUACUGGAGACCUGUUCGAGCAGGCCAAGGGUUUUCCCAGCGCGCAACAGAACUGGCUUGGCACCCUUCUGCUUCCCCGUGAACUCCGUGUCCAGACUAUUUCCAACGUGGUUGACAACGAGCUUUCCCGUGAGGCUGGAACCUCUUGGCGUGUGGAGCGUGGCCAAUCUGGCAUUGAACUGAAGACCAUGGGAAUUGAAAUUGCCCGGGAGACGCGUGAAGCCCUUAUGUCUGGCCCGAAGAUCACAGAGCCCAAGCGCACGUCGAAGGAAGCGGGCGUUGUGCCUUUCCAGAUUUCCCCUACUACCAAGUUCUAUGCCCUUACAGCCCAGCUGUCCUUCCCCCGUUCUGCCCGUAACUCCGACAUCCAAGCUGGUUUCCAAGUUCUGUCAUCUGACCUCGAAAGCACCACCAUUUACUACCAGUUCUCCAAUGAGUCAAUCAUUGUUGACCGCAGCCACACCAGCGCUGCUGCAAAGACCACCAACGGAAUCGUCAGCACCAAUGAAUCCGGACGUCUCCGGUUGUUCGAUCUGCAGGGUGAGGGUGAGGAAAUCGAGACUUUGGAUCUCACAAUCGUUGUGGACAACGCUGUCAUUGAGGUUUAUGCCAAUGGACGCUUCGCCUUGGGUACUUGGGCUCGGUAUGUUUACCCUCACAGUCGGCAACAAGGGAUUGACUAA